GUUGUGCCAUGUUGUGCCAUGUUGUGCCAUGUUGUGCCAUGUUGUGGAGUGUUGUGCUAGCUCUCGCAUCGCAUCGCUUGUGCUCUUAAAGAAAAAUAACUCGUAGCGAAAAAAUAAAUGUCUAUGGACGGACUAUCGAGUAUGAGGAGCAGGGAACUUAUAUGUAGGCCUUUUUUUCCGCCGCGCGCACCCUGGUAUGGAGAGAUCACUUUGCACGUCAUUUGUACCUAUCUUGGCCAUUGUCUUACCCAGUUUCUCGCGACUGAAGGCCGCCUGACUCAAUUUGACGGAGCCGGCAAACCAGCAAAUCUUCCAGACAUCUCAAGAAAUGUGACUUUUUUCGCAAUUACGGUACAUAAGAAGGCUCAAAUUCGAUGGUAACAUGCUUGGAAAAGGAAGCUCACUUUUGCGGGGAAACAUCACCCAAAAGACAACUUCUCUUCUGAGACCUCGAUCCCGAAGAUUCCUUGCUACCCAAGCAUCAUAUGAUGUGGUUGUAGUUGGAGGAGGAAUAGUUGGUCUUGGAACAGCCAGAGAACUUAUCCUGAGACAUCCCACAUUGAAGUUUGCAGUUGUAGAGAAAGAGAAUGAAUUAUCUCUGCACCAGUCUGGCAAGAACAGUGGAGUCAUUCAUUGUGGUAUCUACUAUACCCCAGGCUCCCUGAAGGCCAAGUUAUGUGUGGAGGGAUUGGAUCUGACCUACAAAUACUGCGAUGAAAAGAAAAUCCCUUACAAGAAGUGUGGAAAAAUUAUAGUGGCUGUAGAAAAGAAAGAGUUACCUCAGCUUGAGAAAUUAUAUCAACGAGGCCUGGAAAAUGGAGUAAAGGACCUGAAAAUUUUGGACUCAAAAGAAAUUAAGGAUGUAGAGCCAUACUGUGAGGGUGUGUCUGCCAUCUUGUCACCCAAUACCGGAAUAGUGGACUGGGCAGAAGUAGCAAGAAGUUAUGGUGAUGACUUCAAGAAGGCCGGUGGUGAUAUCUAUACUGGCUAUGAGGUCACAGACUUCACUUGUAGCCCAGAAAGUAAUCGUUCUCAAGAAAAGGAAGCAGGUCACACUCACCCUGUUACUGUACAUGGAAAGAAUGUCUCCCCCAUUAGCUGUCGUUAUGUCGUCACCUGCGGAGGCCUUUAUUCAGACCGGUUGGCAGAGAAAUCCGGAUGUAAAGAAGAUCCUCGCAUUGUGCCAUUCCGAGGAGAAUACCUCAAGUUGAAAGACGAAAAGAAUUACUUAGUCAACGGCAACAUUUACCCGGUACCAGACCCAAAUUUUCCUUUCCUUGGAGUCCAUUUUACUCCGCGCGUUGAUGGCAGCGUGUGGCUUGGGCCCAAUGCUGUUUUGGCAUUUGCUCGGGAAGGAUACAAACUUACAGAUGUGAAUUUUAAGGACUUAAUAGAUGCCUUGGGGUACCGUGGUCUAAGGAAACUAAUGUUCCAGUAUUUCACAUUUGGUGUUGGAGAGUAUUAUCGUGGAAUCGUCAAAUCAGCACAAGUUAAGCAACUUCAAAGAUACAUACCCAGUCUGAAAGUCGAGGACGUUGAGAGAGGGCCAGCUGGAGUUCGUGCCCAGGCCAUGGACCGUGAUGGCAAUUUAGUGGAGGACUUCGUGUUUGAUGGAGGCUCAGGUGACAUAGGGAGCCGAGUGCUGCACGUCAGAAAUGCGCCUUCCCCAGGAGCCACGUCCUCUCUUGCCAUUGCUAAAAUGGUAGCGGAGAAGGUUAAAGAUCGUUUUCACCUAUAGAAGAUGCACUAUAGUUAUACUAGGAAAUGAUAUUACUUGUAAUCAGAAACAUGCUACUGUUGUAAUAUUAAAUCGUCCCUUUGAACCGCAAAACACAAUGGAAAGCAACCUGACCAGUGCAAAAACGCUGUGACAGUAAAAUGCAGCGUCUGUUUCACAGGUGAAUAUCUGAGGAGUCAAUGUGGGAGCUACAGCCAUAGGUUGUCUAAAUGGCGUCUAGCUGUUUUUUCAAACACCUAAACUAUACCAUGUGUAUGCAUGUUUCAAAACCACAAACUAAUGUGCAUCACGUGUGAUCUUCCGCUAGGCGAAACCAAAGUUAAAACAAAUAUUAAGUGGGUGUCGCAAAUUAUGCGCACAUAACAUAGACCAAGGCAGCUAAGCUGUCAAGUGUCAUCUUUUUAACGAUAAUGUAAAACAAUAAUUAUUAUGCUUACAGAAUAUUGUAAAUUAUGUAUUCGUAAAUGUUUACGCCGUUUUAGACUCCAAAGAUAGGAGGAAUUUCACCAUAAUUGUUCUAUUUCACCAACUGUCAAGUUCUGUUUUUAAAGGAGGAAACGUUUGUCAAGUUAGAUAGCUCGGUAUACAUUCUCUUAGUUAAACAAGCGUUUCUCGUUUAAAAUUGAACGGAGAUUUCUGUAAAAUUUAUAUUAUGAAUACAAAUGAUCAAUAUCGGAUGUGACCUAACUGUAGGAGACGAGAAUAAAUAAAUUUUUAAACUA